CGCUUCUCCUCCCCUUGGGCCCCGCGGGCGGGCAGGCGAGCUAGGGAGGCGAGGCAAGGGGUGGCCCUGCCUGGGUGGUCUCCUGCCCCGCCCCCUGCGGCGCCGUCACCUAGCAACGGAUCCGGCAGCCGGGCUGCGGGUAAUUUGCAGCCCCCUCAGCCAAUGGGAGGGCGUCACCCCGGCCCGCUCCUUUUUCUGAGACUCCUGCUGCUUUCCGAGACCGGCAGUCGCCACCUUGAGCUGUGAGGUGCUUCUCAGCCAGCCGGUUCCACCCACACGCGGAGCCCACUCUGGACCACGGCCCACAGAUCCAGCGGGACUUAGCGCCGCGGGCCUGCACCACCCCGCACCGCCGCCCCAGGCUGCUCCUGUGCGUCUGCACCCGCGUCCCACCCGCGACCGCACGUCCGCGACCCCUAGGAAUCCCUAGACGGCACAAGGGGCCGAGCUAGCCUAUGGCCGCGCUCAGAUAACGCAGGUUGGGGGCGUUCGCGCCCCCCCAUCCUCACCAGCAUGGUUCGGCCGCUGUCCCUUGGAGAGCUGCCUCCAAGCUACACACCUACAGCUCGGUCCGCAGCACCUCAGAUCCUAGCUGGAAGCCUGCAGGUCCCUCUCUGGCUUCGUGCUUACUUCCAAGGCCUACUCUUCUCCCUGGGGUGCAGGAUCCAGAGACACUGUGGCAAAGUACUCUUCCUGGGACUGGUAGCCUUCGGGGCUCUGGCACUGGGUCUCCAAGUGGCCGUAAUUGAGACAGACUUGGAGCAGCUUUGGGUAGAAGUGGACAGCCGGGUGAGCCGGGAGCUGCAUUACACCAAGGAGAAACUGGGGGAGGAAGCUGCCUACACCUCUCAGAUGCUGAUUCAGACCGCACGUCAGGAGGGGGGAAGCGUCCUCACCCCCGAGGCCCUGGGCCUGCACCUCCAGGCAGCCCUCACAGCCAGUAAAGUACAAGUGUCACUUUAUGGGAAGUCCUGGGAUCUGAACAAAAUCUGCUACAAGUCAGGCGUUCCGCUUAUUGAAAAUGGAAUGAUUGAGCGGAUGAUUGAGAAGCUGUUUCCAUGUGUGAUCCUCACCCCGCUUGACUGCUUCUGGGAGGGAGCCAAACUCCAAGGAGGCUCUGCUUACUUGCCGGGCCGUCCUGAUAUCCAGUGGACCAACCUGGAUCCCCAGCAGCUGCUAGAGGAGCUGGGCCCCUUCGCCUCUCUGGAAGGCUUCCGGGAGCUGCUAGAGAAAGCACAGGUGGGCCAGGCCUACGUGGGGCGACCUUGUCUGGACCCUGAUGACCAGCACUGCCCUCCCAGUGCCCCCAACUAUCACAGCAGGCAGGCUCCCAAUGUGGCUCGAGAGCUGAGUGGGGGCUGCCAUGGCUUCUCCCACAAGUUCAUGCAUUGGCAAGAGGAACUGCUGCUGGGAGGCACAGCCAGAGAUCUCCAAGGACAGCUGCUGAGGGCAGAAGCCUUGCAGAGCACCUUCCUGCUGAUGAGUCCCCGCCAGCUGUAUGAGCACUUCCGGGGCGACUACCAGACCCACGACAUCGGCUGGAGUGAGGAGCAGGCCAGCACAGUGCUGCAGACCUGGCAGAGGCGCUUUGUGCAGCUAGCCCAGGAGGCUCUGCCUGCCAAUGCAUCCCAGCAGAUCCAUGCCUUCUCCUCCACCAGCCUGGACGAUAUCCUGCUCGAGUUCUCUGAAGUCAGUGCCCCCCGUGUGGUGGGAGGCUAUCUGCUCAUGCUGGCCUAUGCCUGUGUGACCAUGCUACGGUGGGACUGUGCCCAGUCCCAGGGCGCCGUAGGUCUCGCCGGAGUGUUGCUGGUGGCCCUGGCAGUGGCCUCAGGCCUUGGGCUUUGUGCCCUGCUUGGCAUCACUUUCAAUGCUGCUACUACUCAGGUCCUGCCCUUUUUGGCUCUGGGCAUCGGCGUGGAUGACAUAUUCCUGCUGGCUCAUGCCUUCACAAAGGCCCCACCUGACACCCCUCUCCCAGAGCGCACGGGUGAAUGCUUGAGGCGCACGGGCACCAGUGUCGCACUCACGUCCAUCAACAACAUGGUCGCUUUCUUCAUGGCUGUCCUGGUCCCCAUUCCUGCACUGCGGGCAUUCUCCCUCCAGGCAGCCAUAGUGGUGGGCUGCAACUUUGCGGCCGUGAUGCUUGUCUUCCCAGCCAUCCUCAGCCUCGACCUGCGCCGACGCCACCGCCAGCGCCUGGAUGUUCUCUGCUGCUUCUCUAGCCCCUGCUCGGCUCAGGUCAUUCAGAUCCUGCCCCAGGAGCUGGGGGACGGAACAGUACCAGUGGGCGUCGCCCACCUGACGGCCACGGUGCAAGCUUUUACCCACUGCGAAGCCAGCGGCCAGCACGUCGUUACCAUCUUGCCUCCUCAAACCCACCUGAUGGCCCCACCUUCCGACCCACUGGGCCCUGAGCUCUACAGCCCUGGAGGGUCCACACGGGACCUUCUAGGCCAGGAGGAGGGGACAAGGCCGAAGGCAGCCUGCAAGUCCCUGCUCUGUGCCCACUGGACUCUUGCCCAUUUUGCCCGCUAUCGGCUCGCACCCUUACUGCUCCAGACACAAGCCAAGGCCCUGGUGCUGGCGUUCUUUGGGGCACUUUUGGGCCUGAGCCUCUAUGGAGCCACGUUGGUACAAGACGGGCUGGCCCUGACAGAUGUGGUACCUCGGGGCACCAAGGAGCAUGCCUUCCUGAGCGCGCAGCUCAGGUACUUCUCCCUGUACGAGGUGGCCUUGGUGACACAGGGUGGCUUUGACUACGCCCACUCCCAACGCGCCCUCUUGGACCUGCACCAGCGCUUCAGCUCCCUCAAGGCCGUGUUGCCGCCACCCGCCACCCAGGCGCCCCGCACCUGGCUGCACUACUACCGCAGCUGGCUACAAGGUAUCCAGGCGGCCUUUGACCAGGACUGGGCUGCCGGACGCAUUACCCGCCACUCUUACCGCAACGGCUCUGAAGAUGGCGCCCUGGCUUACAAACUGCUCAUCCAAACCGGGAAUGCCCAGGAGCCUCUGGAUUUCAACCAGCUGACCACGAGGAAACUGGUGGACAAGGAGGGACUGAUUCCGCCAGAACUCUUCUACGUGGGGCUGACUGUGUGGGUGAGCAGUGACCCCCUGGGCCUAGCAGCCUCUCAGGCCAACUUCUACCCCCCACCUCCCGAAUGGCUGCACGACAAAUACGAUGUCACCGGGGAGAACCUUCGCAUCCCAGCAGCCCAGCCUCUGGAGUUUGCCCAGUUCCCCUUUCUGUUGCAUGGACUCCAGAAGACUGCAGACUUCGUAGAGGCCAUCGAAGGGGCCCGGGCGGCAUGCACAGAGGCAGGCCAGGCAGGAGUGCAUGCCUACCCCAGUGGCUCCCCGUUCCUCUUCUGGGAGCAGUAUCUGGGGCUGCGGCGCUGCUUCCUGAUGGCGGUCUGCAUCUUGCUGGUGUGCACCUUCCUGGUCUGUGCUCUGCUGUUACUCAAUCCGUGGACAGCCGGCCUCAUAGUGCUGGUCCUGGCGAUGAUGACUGUGGAGCUCUUUGGUAUCAUGGGAUUCCUGGGCAUCAAGCUGAGUGCCAUCCCUGUGGUGAUCCUUGUGGCCUCUGUAGGCAUUGGUGUUGAAUUUACAGUUCACGUGGCUCUGGGCUUCCUGACCACCCAGGGGAGCCGGAACCUGCGGGCUGCUUGCGCUCUGGAGCAGACUUUUGCCCCUGUGACCGAUGGGGCCGUCUCCACGUUGCUGGGUCUGCUCAUGCUUGCUGGCUCCAACUUUGACUUCAUUAUAAGGUACUUCUUCGUGGUGCUGACAGUGCUAACCCUCCUGGGCCUGCUCCAUGGGCUCCUGCUGCUGCCUGUACUGCUGUCCAUCCUGGGCCCCCCACCACAGGUGGUACAGAUAUACAAGGAGAGCCCACAGGUCCUGAGCCCUGCAGCUCCACGGGGAGGCGGGCCCAGGUGGGGCAUGCCCCCCACCCUGCCCCAGAGUUUUGCCAGAGUGACUACCUCCAUGACUGUGGCCCUCCACCCACCACCACUCCCUGGAGCCUACAUCCAGCCAGCCUCCGAGGAGACCACGUAGUCCCCCGCUGCCACCCUGGCUGCUGCCAGCUCUGGCAACCUCAGGACUGGAGGUUAGCCACCGAGGAGGACCGGGUCUAGCCACUGAGUGAAAGAGCAUCUGAAUCGCAGAGACCUCCCCCCCGUGACGUCACUGGGAAGCAAUGGGGGGGGGGAGAUGCACGAUGGACCCCUGGAAGGCCCUGGGGUGCUCUCUGCACCUCCUCCCCUGACUUGGCCACCCCACACUUACACCCAAGAGAACCGCUACUGCUUGGCUGAGAGCGUCCCAACACAUAGGCCUCAGGGGACGUCUGUGUGUCCAGGUUGGGGUGAAAGGCGCAUUCUAGCUGCAGUGCAGCCCGGUCUCGUGCCCCACACAGUCACCUCAGCGGACCAAGCCUGGGGGUGCUUAGCACACUCUCCCAGGCCUGGCCCUUCACUGCUUGGUGACUCCGAAGGAGGCCUUCUGUACCUCUUCCCACCUCCUGCCAUAUAAAUUAUUUAUACGAAGAUGUUUAUUUUUGUAUAUAGAUGCUAUUGCUGCUGAAAGUUUUAUUUUUAAAGAGUAAAAUAUAUUCUAUACAAACUCCUUUCAAAUGACUAUGGUGCUUUUUGUUUUUCAGAUGACUCAUGAAAGUUAGCUAUCCGAGGUCACUUGUGUAGCAUCAGGGCCUGAAAUCCUGGGCUUGUCUAGUUUUGGG